UUUAAUAUAGUUAAGAGGGCGGAUGAUAUCAUAACAUGUCCCACCAUUCUAUAAUAUUAUCUUCAUUAAUUUAGUGUUAAUUCGAAAAUGUGAUGUAGAAGUGCUAAACAUGGCAACGCAAACAAAUUUUAGAAUCGGUGAUUACGUAUGGGUGAAUCCCGAAGCAACAACUGAGUUUGAUAUACCAUCAGGUGCCAAAGUUUUGGCGAUCGACUCAACUAAAGUUCUCGUCCAAGAUGUCGAUGGUAAAGAAAGGUGUGUUGGUAGGAAGCUCCUGCUCAAAAACAUGCACGUUAGCUCGAUAGAAGGGGUUGAUGACAUGAUUAAUUUGGGCGAUUUACAAGAAUAUGCUAUUCUAAGGAACUUACAUCUACGGUACAUCAAUAAACUAAUUUAUACUUAUACUGGGACCAUGUUAGUGGCUGUCAAUCCAUACGAGAUUUUGCCCAUCUACACUAACAAUGAAGUUAAUAUGUACAGGAAUAAGGAAAUUGGGUCCUUACCACCCCAUAUUUUUGCUAUUGGGGAUGGAAGUUAUAACGACAUGAGGAAAACAAAUAAAGAUCAGUGUAUAGUCAUUAGUGGAGAAAGUGGUGCUGGUAAAACAGAGAGUACGAAGCUAAUCCUUCAAUAUUUAGCAACAGUUAGUGGACAACAUUCUUGGAUAGAACAGCAAAUUUUAGAGUCAAACCCCCUCAUGGAGGCUUUCGGAAAUGCUAAAACCAUAAGAAACGACAAUUCGUCGCGUUUCGGAAAAUACAUUAAUAUUAAUUUCAACAAACAGGGCAGUAUAGAAAGUGCGAAAAUCACUCAGUAUCUUUUAGAAAAAAGUCGUAUAGUUUCACAGAGUCAGGGUGAAAGAAAUUACCACAUUUUCUACAGCAUGUUGGCAGGAUUAACUAAGGAUGAGAAAAAACAAUUAGAUCUUGGCGAUGCCAGCGAUUAUAAUUAUUUAACAGGGGGUGAUACAUUAAGUUGCACUGGUAGAAAUGAAGUAACAGCUUUCGCUGACAUAAAGGCCGCAAUGAAAGUCCUUAAUUUCAAAGAGGACGAAACUUGGAACAUCUUCCAGCUUCUUGCGGCUUCUUUACACUUAGGUAACGUUAAGGUCAAAGCGGUGACCGUGAAUAAUAUGGAAAGCUCCGAAAUCACUGACUCAAGUUUACUAGGAAAAGUAUCGCAAAUGUUAGGUGCCAAUAAGUCAGAAUUAAAUGUUGCGCUGACUAAAAGGAGUAUCGUAAUACACGGUGAAAAAGUAAUUUCCAAUUAUAAUAAAGAACAGGCUUUACAGUGCAGAGAUGCGUUUGUAAAAGGUCUUUACGGGAAAUUGUUUAUUAAAAUAAUCGAUAAAAUAAACGAAGCUAUCGAUCAGGCGAAAAAAUCGAUCAAAUCGUCAAUAGGAGUUUUGGAUAUUUUCGGCUUUGAAAAAUUCGAUGUUAAUAGUUUUGAGCAAAUGUGUAUUAACUAUGCUAAUGAAAAUUUACAACAGUUCUUUGUUCAUCAUAUAUUCAAAAUGGAACAGGAAUAUUACACAAAAGAAGGGAUAAGUUGGCAAAAAAUUUCGUUCGUCGAUAACCAGGUAGUUUUAGAUAUGAUAGGGAUGAAACCAAUGAACAUUUUAUCUUUAAUCGAUGAAGAAACAAAAUUUCCUAAAGGAACUGAUUUAACUUUACUCACAAAAUUACAUUCCAAUCAUAAGGCUAACGAAAACUAUUUAAAACCUAAAUCCGACCAUAUUCCCGCAUUUGGAAUAAAACAUUUCGCUGGCCCGGUAAAUUAUAACGUAGCAGGAUUUCUUGACAAAAAUCGAGAUACUUUUAGUCAGGAUUUAAAAAACAUUAUUGUAACAUCUUCAAAUAGUUUCUUGAAGCACAUUUUUUCGGACGAGCUCACUCAAGAUAACGGAGGAAAACGAAUAGUUACCUUAUCAGCUCAAUUUCGAUCUUCAUUAGACCAAUUAAUGAAAGCUCUUACCGAAUGCCAUCCUUUUUUUAUACGAUGUAUAAAACCCAACGAAAAUAAAGCACCUUUGAUUUUCGACAGAUCGUUGUGCUGUCGUCAAUUAAGAUAUUCAGGUCUUAUGGAAACGGCAAAGAUACGAAAAGCUGGGUAUCCAAUUCGCUACUCUUACAGUGAAUUCGUAGGAAGGUUUCGUCAUCUGGGUACGAAAAUUCCUCCAGCACACAAAACUGAUUGCAAAGAAGCUACAAAAUUGAUAUGCAGCUUGGUCUUUACCAGCGGCGAAGAUUACCAGAUGGGACAUAGCAGGGUCUUUUUAAAAGAAGCAGACGGGGAAUUUUUAGAACAAGAAAGGGACAGGGUCUUCUCCAAGUACGUUGUGGUCCUUCAAAGGGCAAUAAGGGGUUGGAUCUAUCGAAGACGAUUCCAGAAACUUCGCCAGGCCGCGAUUGUCAUACAGAAACACUGGCGAGCUCGGGGUUACAGGACGAAAUAUUUGAUUAUGAGAAAUGGCUACCAGAGACUACAGGCCAUAAUAAGAUCCCGAGUGCUGAAGAAAGAAUUCCAGAAAUCCCGAGAGGUUAUACACAAACUUCAACCUUUGUGUAAAGGAUACGUUGCUAGGAAAUAUGGAAGAUUCGGAAAGAUUUAUUCGGUCGUUCAGAAGAGACGGCUGGAAGAGAAGGAGUUGAAGGCCAAAGGAGAUAAGAACUUCCAGAAGAACGCUGAAGCUAAUUUCCAAAAACGCAUGAUCGAACUUGGUAAUCAGUUGUUAGUAAAUAAAGCGAAAGAAGAGGAAAGUGCUAAUGCGGAUAAGAUUGUUGAUGAUCUAUUCAACUUUAUAAAUGACACCAGCUCUGUGGCUUCUGCUAGCGAUAUCAAAGAAUCUGAAGCGUUUAUGCAACUUCUCCAAAAGGAAGGCAAACAAGAGAUUCUGAAUGGCGACCAAGACGAAGAAGCUGAAGAAGAUCUUUCGGCGUAUAAUUUCCGCAAAUUCGCUGCCACUUACUUUGUUAAAAAUACCAAUCCGCAGUAUUCGAAGAAACCUCUCAAAGAAUCUUUAUUGGAUUUACCAACUCCUGACGAUAUCAUAGCUGCCCAAGCUUUGUGGAUUACCAUUUUGCGUUUCAUGGGAGAUUUGGCCGAACCCAAGUUCGAAACUCAAGAGACAACCAGAGAAAAUAUAAUGACCAAGUUAAGCCAAACGUUAAGUCGUAGCUUUACCAAUCGCAAAGAAUUUAAGGAACUUAUGGAACAAGAAAAGCUGUGGAUGGAAAAAUCUAGUAAGAAAGAUAGACAUAAAUUAAUAAACAUGACCCUUAAACACAAAAGUAAAUUGUUGGAAGACGUUAAACGGGGCUUGGUAGAAGACAAUUAUACUGCCGAUAGUUACAAGGAAUGGUUGUAUGAGAAACGGUCGACGAACAUGGAAAAAUUACACUUUAUUUUGGGCCACGGAAUAUUAAGACCUGAACUUAGAGACGAAAUCUUCUGCCAAAUUUGUAAACAAUUAACGAACAAUCCUUCGAAAGCAUCACAUGCCCGAGGUUGGAUAUUACUCUCUUUGUGUGUCGGUUGCUUCCCUCCAUCGCCCCGCUUCGUUAAUUACUUGCGUGCCUUUAUCAGGGACGGUCCCCCAGGUUACGCUCCGUACUGUGAAGGAAGACUUAACAGAACGUUUAAGAACGGGCCUCGAACGCAACCCCCCAGCUGGUUAGAACUGCAAGCCGUCAAGAACAAAAAUCCAAUCAAUUUGGUGGUGACAUUCAUGGACGGCUCUUCCAGGAAUAUAGAAGUCGAUUCGGCUACCACUUCGGAAGAAGUUUGCGAAAGCAUCGCAAACAGCUUGAAUUUGAAAGACAAAUUCGGAUUUUCGUUGUUCAUAACUUUGUACGAUAAAGUCAUGUCUCUUGGUAGUGAACACGACCACAUCAUGGACGCGAUCUCUCAGUGUGAACAGUAUGCUAAAGAACAAGGAAAAUCUGAACGAUCGGCUUCUUGGAGGCUGUUCUUCAGAAAGGAGAUUUUCACUCCGUGGCACGAUCCUUCGAAGGACACUGUUUCAACUAAUCUCAUUUACCACCAGAUCAUAAGGGGGUUAAGGUAUGGAGAAUACAGAUGUAACACUGAAAAUGAUGUGACAAAGAUUUUGGCACAACAAUAUUACAUUGACAAUGGACCCAACAUGGACGUUCAGGUAUUGGAGUCCAGGAUUUCGGAAUAUAUUCCUAGUUAUUUGAUAAAGCCUGGAGAAAGCCUUGAGAUUUGGGUUAAAAAAUUACAAGAAGCAUUUAGCAAAAAUGCGUUCGUCAAAAAAAGAACACCGAUUAUAAAAGUCAAAGAGGAUAUAGUAAACUAUUCGAAAGUUACAUGGCCAAUACUAUUCUCUAAAUUUUACGAAGCUAUACAAAAAUCAGGCCCGGAAUUACCCAAAAAGAACAUGAUCAUAGCGGUAAAUUGGACGGGUAUUUACAUGAUAGACGACCAAGAACAAAUUCUUCUGGAGUUAACAUUUACCGAAGUGACGUACAUAGGAUUUGAGCAAAACAGUCGAUCGCAACUUCACAAUUUCACCCUUAAAACGAUUCGGAACGAAGAGUACGUCUUCCAAAGUCCAGACGCCGAGAAUCUGAGCAACAUCAUCAUAUAUCUUCUCGACGGCUUGAAAAAACGUUCCAUCUACUGCGUAGCGACUCAGGAUUACAAACAUCCGACAGGGGCAGCAUCAUUCUUGACAUUCAAGAAGGGAGACCUCAUAGUUCUCAAGAACAACCUCACAGGAGAAGCCAUUAUGUCAACCACAUGGGGCUAUGGAGAAUCAGGAGGAAAAACAGGUGACUUCCCCACAGAGAAUGUACAAAUUUUGCCUGCCAUAACUGAACCUUCUUCACACCUUCUAAAAACAUUUAAGAAAGAGGGUGCAUUUGAAGAGCAGCAAACUUCAGUGUCCGUUAUCAGUACCAUCCAACGACUGAAGAUGCACACCUUAGCGCAUUAUGCAAACGAACACUUCAGAUCUGGUAAAAAACUAGCCAGCAACAGGAGAAUUUCCGUUCUGGCAACGGCAAGGAGCUCCAGGGAAGAACUGUGGAAGUUUACCAACGAACCCUUGCAUCAACCGCUAUUAGAAAAAUUACUGCCGCACGAAAACGAAUGCAAAGAAGCUUGCAAAGCUUUCACCGCCAUCUUAAAAUACAUGGGUGACCUUCCAGCACCGAAAGCAAAAGUCAGUAACGAAUACACAGACGAGAUCUUCUCCGGGGCCCUCAGAAAUGACAUGCUAAAGGAUGAAAUCUACUGCCAGAUCAUGAAACAGCUAACAUAUAACAGAUUGUCCAGAAGCGAAGAAAAGGGCUGGGAAUUGUUGUAUCUGGCCACAGGACUCUUCAUAUGCAGUACUUCGUUGAUGAUCGAACUUCAAAAGUUCCUCAAAACCAGAAUUCAUCCGUUGGCGCAGCCUUGUCUCCAGAGGCUUCAAAGAACUCAGAAAGUUGGUACAAGACGAUUCCCACCCCAUUCAAUCGAAGUCGAUGCCAUACAGCGUCGAAGUAUGCAAAUCUAUCACAAGAUUUACUUCCCGGAUGACACGGACGAAGCUUUCGAAAUCGAUUCGCAUACCAAAGCUUCCGAUCUUUGUGCUGCUAUUGUAGAUAGACUUGAACUGAACGAUUAUGACGGUUUUAGUUUGUUUAUUAUUAUGACGGACAGGGUGUUCUCUAUACCGGAAGAGUACUUCUUUUAUGACUUUUUACACGAACUUCUCGAUUGGUUCAAACAGACUAUGCCCAGUUGGAACAGUGCACUUCCAGUAAAUGCCCAAUAUCACGUUUACUUUAUGAAAAAGUUAUGGAUAAAUACAAUUCCUGGUCAAGACAUAAAUGCAGACCAAAUCUUCCACUUCCACCAAGAAGUGCCAAAAUUCUUACGCGGAUACCAUAAAUGUACUAAACAUGACGCAAUCCAACUUGCCGCGCUGAUAUUUAAAGUGAAAUACAACGAAAACGUUGGUGCUUUUUCGAACUUUUCCAAUAUCAUUAAGGGGCUCGUACCAAACGAUAUGAUCAAAGCCCAAAGCACUUCCGAUUGGAAAAAGAGCAUUCUAAACGCUUAUCAAAAGAUCAGUUUUAUGUCACCGUCCGAAGCUAAGAGCAAAUUUUUGGAGAUUGUCUUCCAAUGGCCCACGUUCGGUUCAACAUUCUUCGAAGUAAAACAGACAACCGAACCUACAUAUCCAGAAAUUGUUAUAAUCGCCAUUAAUAAAAAGGGAGUAAACAUAAUUCACCCCCAAACAAAGGAUAUUUUGGUAACUUACGGAUUUUCGGAAUUGUACAACUGGUCUUCUGGUAACACAUAUUUCCACUUAACUGUGGGAAGUAUGAUGAGGGCCACUAAAAUAUUAUGCGAAACGUCGCAAGGUUACAAAAUGGAUGACUUAUUAACGUCUUAUACCGAUUACAUUCGUAAAAGAGAAAGAGGCGUUCACCUCUAAGAACGAAAGUAUUUAAUAUUG